AGGCCAUUUUAAUAUGUAAUUUAAUAGGUUUUUUAGUUUUUAUAACAGUAUAAUAAUUGACAUUUGGACGAGUAGUUCAAUUGUAUUAUUGCUACAUAACUUGUUAUAGUUAUCGCAUGAACUUGCAGACCGACGAGUAGUAUAGUCUGAGACGCGUGAAAUACGACUACAGCUGCGAAACCAAAAACAACAACACUUGUAUUGUACUUUUAAAAUUUUUUCGUUGAGACUUCUUAUAAUUUACCAGCGCCCACAACACAUUUCGUGGUCGACGUUCGUCUCGUAGGUAUUCACGAUACAGAUAAUGUUGCUGAUACCAAGGAUACUGGUUGUAGUGGCCGUGAUGUUGACAGUUACCAAUGUCGAGGUGAUCGCACCGAAGCCAAUCGACGAUGCCCACCGACUCAGAGUGCUGUCUCAAAUCUUUAAAAUGGUGGAAUCCGAAAUUUUUUUAAGAUGCUCCAAUUUAAGGCCUGAACUCCAGGAACUUAUAAGGUCGCUAAGAAAAGAUCUCCAACAAUCAACUCCACCUACUUCCGUUAACCAGAAGCUAUCUAUCAUCUUCGCAUCGAUGGAAUACAAAUCAAUUACAUGUACCUCCUAUUAUAAUCCAGUUAUUAACUCAAAUAUGCAUUAUUCCAUUGGUAUCAAGUUUCAACCCAGCGAACAUUACUCCGAUACGUUGGUCAAUUAUUCCGAAAUGCUUGAGAACAGUGACGACAAUACUGAAUUUAUGUCGAAUUUACGACAGUGGAUACGGCUGCUAGUACAAGCUGAGAGACGAUUCAUUGAAACUAUUCCCGUUAAUCAGAAGACAACCGAUGAAGGACUUCAAAGCAUGGAGGUUACAACCACAACCGUCACGAAUGAUGGACACAUACCGUUGGUGGAUUUGCAGCAGAAUUCGUCAAAGCCGCACACCACGCACGAAGAAGCCCACGGCCAAGUAUUACCCGUUAUUCCCGUUGUUAUAAGUAAGACAUCCGACGGGGGACCUCAAAUUCUGGAGGUUACUACUAGAACCGACAUGAUUGAUGGAAACAUACUGAUGGUGAAUUUGCAGCAGAAUUCAUCGGAACCACACACCAAGCUCGAAGAAACCCGCGCACGAGUAUUACCGACAGUCCUCGUUGUUCCAAAUAAGACAACCGAUGGAGGACCUAAAAUUCUAGAGGUUACAACCAGAAUUGCCAUGAUUGAUGGAAAAAUACCGUUGGUGGAUUUGCAGCAGAAUUCAUCGGAACCACACACGGUGCUCAAAGAAGCCCACACACAAGUUUUCCCGACAGUUCCUGUUAUUCCAAGUGAGGUAAUAAUGUAACGCAUGCUAUAUAACUAGUGGUUAUACGUACGGAAGGUUACACCAGAGGGACAGCAUUUUUCACGUGUUUUCAAAAAAUUUACAAUUUUCGCGCAUUCAAUAUUAAUUAUAUAAAACAAACGUUUUUUAUAGUAAUUUAUUAUGUUAAAUAGUAAGUGUAGCUAAAACUUUAUCACUUAUAUCAUCUACAGGG